GCGUUCGAAAGUUCGACAACUUUGGAAAACUGUCAGUUGGCAGCGAACUUAGAACAGGUAGAGACGCACACGUUCCGCCUGGAAAAUCGGUACAGAAACGGAACAGGCUAGAAAGGAACAUACAUUGCCCCAAACUCACCGACACACCGUAUUGGGAAAGCCGAACGCUUUUUUUUUUUGUUCCGUUUUGGCGCUCGGAAAACGUGCGUCGACGUCGACAGCGACUGAAAGACGGCGACUGAAACGGCGACGAUGUAAAAUUUUAUUACCCCAAACGCAUCGAGCAGUCGGGUUUUGGACGUCCGGACUUCACCGCCGCUCGCUGCGACGCAGACUUUUAUUGCAGCUGCCAUAUAGAGUGGGCAUAUUCCAUUGGUCUGGCCCGGAGAUCCCAAAAACUUUCUGAAGACGGACACAAACUUUUACCAGAGUGCGGCAUAAAAGUGCAAAAGUUUUUGUUCGCAGCGCCCCACGAACUGAACUAAAAGCAAAACUUCCCAGCCGCCGCGCAAAAACCCCCUUCACAAAUAAGUAAAAUAAAAACAAAGUCAAACCCAGUGCAAUGCAAAACAAAAACCCACGAGUAUAAAAAAAAACCAAAUGCGAAAAAAGUGCGUGAUCUAAUUGACAUCAAGUAUACGCCACGUUAGCCGGCCUAAGUUUACCAAAACAAUAAACAUUUUUCGUAGACAUCAUCGCCGUCGCGUUGACAAAAAGUGAGUUGAGUGUUUGUUUGUUUGAUUUUUGUUACUGUUGUUUAACCAGUUUUAGUUUCGUUAAUUUUUUGUGUUGGUGAGACAUAUCCCAUAUAAGAAUAUAUAUAAAACAUAUAGUGUUUGUGUGGAACAAGAAAGCGCAACAGCAACGUUAUCAGCCAGCAGCCACAUCAUUACCAGCAAAGCAAACAAAAAGAUACAAACAAAUGCCAUGACCGAAUGGUCAGCCAAUAAGUGCAGAGUGUUUAAAUAAAUCAAAGCAAAUUAAAAACAAAAUCGAAAUCGAUAUCGAAAUCGCAAUCGUAAUCGCUAAGACAACAAAAUCGAAACAGAAUUCGCCAAAUAGCGGAGCCAAAGAGCCGGAAACACGGAAUAGCCACCGGGAAGAUGGCGCUUUCCAAGCGGCCCCUUACAAAGGACACGCCGUUGUCCGAAAGCAACGGCAACCACACCAAUGGCAAUGAUCACGAGACCUCCAUCAAGCGGCGCAAACGUUGCAGUCGCGACGACGACUCCAGCCUGAUCAACAACAACAAUAACAAUAAUAAUAACAACAACAAUAACAACAGCAAUAGCAACAACAACAACUUGCCGCAGAAGAAACGCAAACAGGGCGGCCAGGGCCACAUCGCAGACAGUCCGGAGAGCCCCACCUGCGGUUCCCUGCCCACUCCGCUGGCCAAAAGCAACACGGAUGCGGACCAGGACGAUGAGACACUCAUCCGCGAAACACAGGCGGCGCUGAAAAGCCUAUCGGGCAGCUGGCCCGACUCAAGGGGGAAUUUGUAUCGGCUGCAGGAGCAGGACGAGAAUCCACCGCCCUUCCAGAAUCUGUUCGAGGAGAAACAAAAGUAUGAGGCCAUCGGCAAUCCCAGCCAUGCCAUACAAGCACAAGCCAGCUCAACAAAUCCAAAUUCCACACUCUUCUCACGUUUCCACAGACAAAAAGAGAACGACCAGGCGCGCCUUAAUGCAGCCAGCGGUGCUGGUGGUGUCGUCCAUCUGGAGGCACAGGCGCGCGGCAAAAAGUCGCCCGACGAGGAUCAGGAUCCGGAACUGGAGGAUACCUCAUCCUCUGCCUCGGGACAAGGCGUUUACGCCCAAGCGGCCUCGGCCUUCAAGCCGCCCAUCGAUAUCAUCAAACGGAAUUAUGUGGCCGCCGCUCAUGCCCAUUAUAGUGCCUAUAAUGCGGCCGCUGCAGCGGAAUCUGCCGCCGGAUUGGCCUACUAUGGCUAUGCCGCUGCCGCCGCCGCUAGUCAACAGCAACAGCAGCAGCAGCAGCAACAACAACAGCAGCAGCAACAGCAGCAACUGAGUACCGCCUUCGAUAUUGCCAGUCAGCUGGGCGAGAAGCAGCGGCCCAAGGAACCGAUGGCCGAUGGCAAACAGUACACGAUCCUCCAGCCGGCGGGCAUCGGCAGUCGGGCUGCAUCUGUAAUGCAGGACAUAGCAUCGCGUGAAGGCGUUGUGGGCGUUCCGCUUGUGGCCACGCCACCAUCCACGGCGGCCGGCAGUCCGGCGGCAGCGGUACCAGCGGCAGGACCGUCGACUCCAUCGACACCGGCACCAAGUUAUUCGCCGGGUAGCCAGAAUCGCGAUGGCGUCAAAUGCCCCACGCCGCAUUGUACGGGCCAAGGACAUGUCACCGGAUUGUAUUCGCACCAUCGCAGUUUGUCGGGUUGUCCGAAGCGCGAUAAAGUAACCACAGAAUUGCUGGCUUUGCACGAGCAGAUCCUGAAAUGCCCCACGCCCGGGUGCAAUGGUCGUGGCCACGUGCAGCCGCAUCGCAGCGUGCACCGCAGCCUCUCCGGCUGUCCGCGGGCGGUAAGGCGCUCGGGCGGAACCAGCCGCCGUCCGGGAGCAGCUCCACUAGCAGCAGCAGCAGCCGAUCUGGAGAAACAUGAGAAGGAGCUGCAUCCACUGGACAAACUGAAGCUGGCCUCCAAUCACUAUCUGAACAAUAACAACAGCAACUGCAUCAACAAUAACAGCACUAAACUGAGCGGCUCCACAACGAUGCCGAUUAUCAAAUCGGAAUAUAGUCCUGUUGCCAGCAUCAAAUCGGAGUAUAACAAGAGCCCCAUGCACUCAUAUCUAUCGGGGGAAGCGGCCGCGCCCGCCCCCGCCGCCCCUUCAUCAGCGUCCGCCGUCCAAGCGCCGCGUUCCGGAUCGGCAAGCGGUGCAACAGCCGCGAAUGGAGAGAACAACCUGCAUGCACCGCAUCUGAGUCGCUUUGUGGGUCUCCAGAGUCCGCCACAUCAGCCGCAUCUCAAUCCUCACGGUCAUCACCAGCAACAACAGCAGCAGCAGCAACAGCAACAGCAGCAGCAGCAACAACAACAGCAGCAGCAACAGCAGCAACAUACGUUGCACCAGCAGAGAGGACCCUUCAUAGAGGGCAACGAUGUCCCAGAUCCUUCAGCCAAUUAUCAUUCGGAACACCAGCAACAACAGCAGCAGCAGCAGCAACAGCAGCAGCAGGCCGACGAGCGACAGCAGCAAUAUGAGCAAAUGCGAUAUGCCCAAAGUCAUGUUAGCGUGGGUCCAAGCGGAGAAUUAAUGGCGCCCAAUGGAGGCGAACUAUCGCCGGGUACGGCGAGAAGCGCCUACGAAGCGCAUCCCGGACACCCGCAUCCACAUCCCGGACACCCACAUCCUCAUCCGCCCGUCUCGCUGAGUUCCCUCAGCUCUCCAGCUUUUACGGUGGAUGCUGUGACGGCAGCCAGUGGAGCGGGCUUCGAGCGUUACGAUCCCAGCGGCGUCUGUUGUCCCAGCAAUGGGCAAAGGGCCACCGCGGCAACAGCGGCGACGGCGGCGGGCGCUUCUGCGGCGGCGGCUGCCUAUCAUUAUCUGCCCCAAACCACCGACGAGAUGCAGGCCCAGCAGCAGAAAUAUCUGCAGGAGCAGCAACUAAUGCUGGCCAAGGCGGAGCACGAGGAGUUGGCCAACGGCGGACAGCCUCUAUAUCCGCGGCCCAUGUAUCACUAUGAUCCCACGAUGGGUCCUCUGCCGCCGGGCUUUUCGGCCAUUAAUCUAUCGGUUAAGAUGGCCGCUGCUCAGGCAGCAGCUGCAGCAGCCGCCUAUCAAAAUCAACAACAGCAGCAGCAGCAACAGCAGCAGCAGCAACACCACCAGCAGCAGCAACAACAGCAGCAGCAGCAACAGCAGCACGGCAAGCAGAGCAGCUCACCCGCACCCAAUGUGAGCGGUGUGCCGGCGGUGGAUCUCAGUGGUUCCACCUCGGUAACGAGUAGCAGCCCGCACGGUUUCAAUUCGCCAGCCUCGCACAACCAAUAUACCGCCCAGCGCAUGGGCAACGGCAGUCCGCAGCCGGGAGCUAGUCCAAACAUAGCUAGUCCCCAGGUGCCCAGUCCCCAGGGACAGACCUUGGACCUCAGUGUCACCCGAUUACCCCACAGCAUUAUUACGAGCCCGCAGUACGGUGCCGAUGGCCUGGUGGUGGGUCAUGCUCAGGGUUUUGUGAGUGGAGCGACAGGACCUCUGGGUCCGGGCAAUGGUGGACCACCGCGAUCGCCGCAAAUGGAACCAGUGGACUUCAGCGGACCGCCAAGACCCCUGGGUUUUGGUCUGGUGGGACACAUUAGCGGUCCACGACCUUACAGCCGCGAAUCCACGCCAGACAGCGGCGGAUCUCACUAUAUCGAAACGUAUCGGGAUCCCAGUGGUUACUCACCGCACCCUGGCUAUGGUAUGGUGGUGCAAUCGGACUAUCCACCUGCUGGAUACCACGGUUACGGUCCGGCUGCUUAUCAAUGCAGUAAUCCGUACGCCACGGCAGUGGGUCCCGGUGGCUAUCCCACGCCCGUUUCCGGCGGAUACUCGCCCAGUCCGGCCACCUGCUACUCCAUGCCACCGCCACAACACAUCCCGCAGCACGACAAGUCCAAGGACGGAUUGACGGGCUGCUCGCGCUCGGACCGCAACCAUCUACAGUCGCACUCGCAGGAGCUCAAGUGCCCCACGCCCGGAUGCGAUGGCUCCGGACACGUGACGGGCAACUACUCCUCACACCGCAGCCUCUCCGGCUGUCCAAGGGCUAACAAACCGAAGAGCAAGCCUCGCGAUGGCCAGGAUUCGGAACCCCUGCGUUGUCCCAUCCCGGGCUGCGAUGGCUCCGGCCAUUCCACCGGCAAGUUCCUCUCCCACAGAAGUGCUUCGGGCUGUCCGAUUGCCAAUCGGAACAAGAUGCGAGUCCUGGAAGCCGGUGGCACGGUGGAGCAGCACAAGGCCGCUGUGGCAGCAGCCACGGCCAUGAAGUUCGAUGCCUGCACCACGGUGGGGAGCCAGGGCAUAAAGAAGCCCAAGUUCGAUGAGGUCACCAUGGUCUAUCCAAAGGGUUAUACAGGCGGCAGCGGACUGGACAUUGUCAUGGGUGGCGUAGGAAGCGGUGUCGGCGUGGGACUGGGUCUCAAUGUUGGCAUCGGGGUCACCAGCAGCAGUAGCAGCAGCAGCGCCGGUGGAAAUAACAACAACAGCGGCAGUAGCAACACCGUCGGAACCGAUAAGAAUCCAUCUGGUGGGGGUCCCUCAUCGGGCGCCAAUGGCAGCGAUGACUUAAACACGUUGGAGGCCGAGAUAUCGGAACUUCAGCGGGAGAAUGCACGCGUAGAAUCGCAAAUGAUGCGACUUAAGUCAGACAUCAAUGCCAUGGAGUCGCAGCUGAGCACCAGCGAUCGGGAGGCUUCUCCAUUGAGUGGUCACCAGCAGCAACAACAGCGUUCCUCGGUGGCUUUGGCCUCGCCGAGCGGGCAAUCGCCAUUCGCCAGCGUCAGCUCCACCAGUGGUGCCAGCUCCUCGGUCAGUGGCGCCACCACAAACAGCAACAACAAUAACAGCAGCUCUGGCGGUGGCACCACCAAUGCCAACGAUCUCAACCACUCGAUCAGCAAUUUGGCACCCAGUUCGGGCAGCAAUCCCAACCAGCCCAUUGAGGGCGUAGGAGGAGCCCCACCCAAUGCCAAUCUGAACAACUACUAUGAGAGCCUGAGAAAUAAUGUGAUCACGCUGCUGGAGCACGUGCGUCUGCCGCCACCACCACCACCGCCUGGUGCGGCCACGCCCAGUUCGUCGGCAUCAUCGGUGGUUCAUGGACUGGAUAAUGUUUGUGGUGCCGGUGGUCAGUUGGUGGCUGGUGGAUCGCUAGUGGGUGGAGAGCAUGCGACAGCGUACUCCACACUCCUGCCGCCGCCACCACCACCGUCGUCGGGCGGUGCCGCUUCCGUCGGUGGAAUGUACGGUGUCGGUGCUAAUGGAGCCACUGGCCUCCAUCAGGGCACUGGCUCAAGCAAUGGUGGAGGACUAGGAUCUAGCGGAGCCGUUGGACCGCCACCAGUGCCACCGCAUCAUCAUCCCUACACGGUGCAUCAUCCCGUUAGCUACGCCCAUCCACAUGGCCAUCCGCAUGCACAUCCACACCCGCACGAGCACUUCGACUCGUAUAUCUCCAAACUGCAGUCGCUAUGCGUGCCCCCCGAUGUUUAUGCCCUGCCCGAAGAUGCGGACCGGCCCGUCUACAACUCCGUGAAGCCCACCAUGCACCAGGACUACGGCAAACUGAUGCCGACGCCCAUCUAAGAACCCUGAGAAUCAAAAGCCCAGUACUGGUGACCCCAAAAUAGAGCCACAUCCCGUCCAGGGCUCAAACACGUAAACAUGUACAUAAAUACUUAGGCACAAGCAGUGAGAGGUAGGAUGUAAGAGGUAAAACUGACGUUAUCCAUAAGCCUGACUUCAAGGCAGACUAUGCAAAUUGAAAUUGGGACAGAGUGUCGGGGUCACCCGUGCGUACUCGAUGCCCCAUUAGUAGAUACAUAACGCUAGUUCUUAGGGAUAGAAACCUAACCUAACCAUUUAGUUGGUUGGCACCAUGCUAGUUCCAGUCUUAGUAAUUAGAACUGUUCCACAUCCUAGAUCCUAGACGCUUUCGUCGUGUGUUGAUAGCAAUGAUGUAAAAAACAAGAAUACAAAACCGAACAUAAGUGUGUAAUUCGAUUAUAAAUUGCAAUUUUUUUUGUCUGUAUCAAAUACUACAACUAGAAAUUAUAGAAAUCGAUAUAUUAUAUAUAUAUAAUUAUAUGAAAUAACAACUCCCAAAUAUGUUUAAAUCUAGGGCAUUUGUUUGCUGUUGAUGUCUGGUCAAUUUUUUGCAUACGGAGCGGAGCGCAAGAUGUUCGCCACUACUUAAUAGACCCUAUCCAACCUCCACGUAGUGACCCUCUAGCCCAUAUCCCCGCAGGCUAAGUUAAGUUUAGUGGCAAAGUCGAACACCAAAGUGAAGAAAGUGGAAAACGCAGUAAAAUACAAUAUAUAAACACGUGCAAAUAUAAUCAGUACUAGACUUAGUGGAUGUAAUCGAGACAUAUUUUUUUGUUUUUUUUUUUUGUGUAACUGUAAUAUUAAAAUGUAAUAGUAAUAGCAAGCGAAUAUCUAAAACUAUAAAGGGUAAGUGUGUGGAAGGAGGUGAGAUCGUUGGGUUUGCGAGGCUGCCGCAAUACAUACAUACAUGAAAUCGGGAAAGAAAACACGCGUACAUAUGCAGAUUAUAUCAGUAUGUGUGUAUAUGUAUAUGUCUGCUUUUCUAUAGGAUCGUAAGUUUUAAUGUUACCCCUUACGAAAUCGGAGAAGAGGCAUUAACGAAAACCCCUAAGAAAAUAGAACGGAAAAGUAGAUUAAAAUUCAGUGCAAUACGUUCAACAGAAUGAAAGCAAGUCGAAAAACCAAAAUCGUAAUUUACUAAUUGUGUAAGCCUAAGUAAACCAAGUAGUUGAACAAAAAGUCACGUUUUUUUUGUAUCGUCAUACGUCUAAUCUUAAACCUAACUUUAACUAAAUAAAAAAAAAGAGUAAAGCGUAGAUCGGAGAUGAAAACCCAGGCCGCAAGGUAAUUUAGACGAAUUUUAAAAAAAUAAAAACCAAAUGGAAAAAGUUUAAAACACAAAAAACAAAAGGCACGAGGCAAAUGUCGAAAAAGUAUGAAAAUAAAUAGCAGGCUUAACGGAAAUCAUUGUAUUAAACGAGGUAAUACAUUACGAUGAUUAAUAUAAUUACACUAAACUAAAUAUAAAACUAAAAUAUAUAUAUAUAAUAUAAUAUUGUAUUGUAUGACAAGAAAAAAUUCUGUAAUUUACAAACGAAAAAUAUUUUAUGUGAUCAUUGUCUUUUUUUUUAAUAUUACAAGAAAUAAAUAAUUCGAAUACCAAAUAAAGGAUAUACACAAUAACGAAA